GGGAGAGGGAGAGAGAGAAAGAGCGGAGAAAGAGGGAAGGUGGAUGUCACCAUGGAAAGGAAAGAUUGGGAUGAUUAAACUCCCUUUGGAAGGGCAGAAAAAGCCAUCACGCGGAAGCAAUGAUACAACAGGUUUGUAAAUAAAGGUCAUGUGCUGCUUUAGGAGGGGAGAAAGAAGGAAAAACACGAAAUCAGCGAUACAAGGCUCGGCGCUGGGGUCGCGGUUCGUGUUCCAGGGCCACCCCCUUUCUUUCCGUAAUUUCAAAUCCAUUUCAAAUUUAGAUUCAAACACCCCCCACAAGGCGAGGGCCUUGGCCGUCUCAGAGGAUUCCGGGUAUCAUGGCCCUCCUUUUCAGCUUCUUGUAGGCAUCCCCGUGUUCCUUAAGGUACGCUUUGUGUUUGAGCUGCGCCCAUUGCAGCAUUUGCGACGCCCCCACCAGGGUGAAGAGGAAAGAGAGGGGGAGGAAAGUGAGGAGGGAGAAGCCCACCCAGGCUAGGACUUCGCAGAGGUAGUUGGGGCAGGCGAGGUAGCGGAAGAGGAAGCCGUGGGGGAUGGGCCGGGAGGGAGGGGCGCCGAUGGUGGUGGAGGGACGGAGGGAGGAGAGGAGGAGGUGGCAGUAGAGGUUGCUGACUUCGGCGAGGAGGAAGAGGAGGAG